AAUAAAACCCUAUAAAUUUACCAACUUCUCGUCAGUUGUACUACCACCUCCAAAACAAAAUUCUUGUUCACAGCUCUAAGUAAAAUGAUACAAACCAAGCCAUUUCACAUUAUUCCAACAAAGUUCCCGUCCUCAAUACAGUCACCACCUUUCCACCGGAAUUUUCCAUCUCCGGCUAGAACAAAAUCGCCCCGAGCUAUAUCCAUUUCAGCUCCAAACCACACCCAUAUAGAAGAAAUUAUAGAUGAUUCAGUCGCUGCGUUUUGGGACUAUCAGUUUUUAUUUGUGUCACAACGCUCCGAAACAACAGAACCGAUCACUCUCCGGGUCGUGGACGGUGCAGUUCCUCAAGAUUUCCCUUCCGGUACAUAUUAUCUAACCGGGCCGGGUCUUUUUACCGAUGAUCACGGAUCCACAGUGCACCCGUUGGACGGUCAUGGAUAUCUCAGGUCGUUUAAUAUUGAUGGAGUUACUGGUGAGGUUAAGUUCAUGGCUAAGUACGUGAAAACUGAGGCUCAAAUGGAGGAGCACGAUCCAGAUACUGACACGUGGCGGUUUACUUACCGGGGCCCAUUUUCUGUGUUGAAAUCGGGUAAGAAAGUUGGAAAUACUAAGGUGAUGAAAAAUGUGGCGAAUACUUGCGUGCUUAAAUGGGGUGGGAGGCUAUUGUGUUUGUGGGAAGGCGGGAGUCCUUAUGAGAUUGAAUCUGCAACGUUGGAUACGAUCGGGAGAUUUAAUAUGAUUGGUGAAGGAAAUUUAACGGUGAGUGAUGGAAAUAAUAGUCGUGAUAUUUGGGAUUUAGCUGCGGGUUUACUGAGACCGAUUUUGUACGGAACAUUUAAAAUGCCAGCGAAGAGACUUUUGUCACAUUAUAAGAUGGAUAUUAAAAAUAAUAGGCUACUUACCAUGUCAUGUAACGCUGAGGACAUGCUUCUGCCCCGCAGUAAUUUUACAUUUUACGAAUACGAUGAAAGUUUCAAGCUGGUGCAAAAACAAGAAUUUAACAUUCCUGAUCAUUUGAUGUUACAUGAUUGGGCAUUUACAGAUACUCAUUAUAUAUUAUUCGCCAAUCGCAUUAAACUUGAUAUCAUGGGAGCGAUUGGAGCAGUUUGCGGAUUAACUCCGAUGAUAUCGGCAUUGACAGUGAACCCUAGCAAGUCGACUUCUCCGAUAUAUCUGCUUCCUCGAAAUCCCGAUAAACCAUUUACUCAACGGGAUUGGAGAGAGCCCCUACAAGCACCUGCACAAAUGUGGCUACUUCAUGUUGGCAACGCCUUCGAAGCUAUAGAUGAAAGUGGAAAUUUGGCGAUUCGAAUUCAUGCUUGCAGUUGCUCCUAUCAGUGGUUCAACUUUCAAAGAAUGUUUGGAUAUGACUGGCAAAGUGGUAGGCUAGACCCUUCUAUCAUGAACGUCCAAGAAAACGAAUCAUUGCCACACCUUGUCGAGGUAUCUAUCAACUUGGAUUCUAAUGGAAGCUCUAAAAAUUGCAGUGUAGAGACUUUGAAUCAAUGGAGCAAACCGGCAGACUUUCCGAUUAUCAAUCCAAAAUAUUCUGGCCGGAAAAACAAAUAUGUUUAUUCAGCAACUUCUUCUGGUUCUCGCCGGACAUUGCCACAUUUUCCUUUUGAUACUGUUGUCAAGCUUGACGUUUCGGAGAAUUCUAAUCUGACAUGGUCUGUUGAUGCUCGGAGAUUUAUCGGCGAGCCUAUAUUUAUCCCCAAGGGCAGUGAAGAAGAUGAUGGAUACCUUCUUGUAGUUGAGUAUGCAGUUGCAAUUCAAAGGUGUUAUCUUGUUAUUUUGGAUCCAAGGAAGAUUGGGCAAGCCAAUGCAGUGGUAGCAAAACUAGAAGUUCCCAGGCAUUUGAAUUUUCCAUUAGGAUUUCAUGGUUUUUGGUCUGAUAAAGAUCUUAAUUGAUUCUAAGUAUUUAACUUGCAAUAAAAAUGCUCCAAUUUGUAUAUAAUCGUACAUAACACCCUUGUUAUAUUAUCAGUGAUUUGUGUGAUAACAUUGUAAGUAAAAGCUAAAAUUUCUUGAAAAUUUUGUUAUUAUCAUUGUUAUAAUCUUA